AAUCAAGGUGUGUGGGUCACUAAUUCCUAAUGUCAAACAAGACCGUUAAAGUUCAAAAUCUCAAUUUGGAAAAAAAACCAGGGCCCAACUUUCGAACCGGUUAAACCGGUCUAGUAUAAAGUUAGAACCGAAUAAGAGAUAAGAGAAAGAAAGAGGAGCGCAUUAAUUUUGAAAAAAACGCUCUCAUUUCAAAUUUCAUUUCUCAAACGUUCUUCUUUUUCCAAAAUCCAAACACGACACAAAUCUCAAACCCUAACAUCGUUCCCAUUUCUACAAAGCCUCAGAUGAAUUCCCGGAACCAGAAUCGGCCACCGCGAAGUCCAUCCAACAUGCAGAGAAAAAUUGGUGAAGAAAUUCCUUCAGAUAAGCGUAGAAGGAUUGGUGGUGAGAGAAUGGUUGCACCGGGUAGAGCUAGGACUCCAUUUGGUGCUAUAAAAAACAGAUCAGAAGCUAAUGAUGGUGGCACCAGUGCUGCCGAGGGAUCUGAACCCAGCAUUGUUGAUUUCACUAAAGAGGAAGUAGAAGCUUUGUUGAAUGAGAGGAUGAAGAAGGAGACUCGCUUAGAUACUAAGAAAAAAAUGGAGCAGAUGGGGGAACUUAUUAAGAGACUUAAAAACUGUGUUAGAUGGUUUAAGAGAGUUGAAGAAGGGUAUGUUCAAGAAAAGGAAAAGCUUCAGACAGAUCUAGAUUCUUUAGAUAAGAAAUGCGUUGAUAUUGAGAAUGAGAUGAAAAUUAAGAUAGCAGAAUUGAAUGAGGCUAUAUCGAAUAUGAGAAUGACGAUUUCCUCUUUAGAAGAGAAGAUUGCAAAGGAAGAAUCAGAUAAAUUGGAAGCUGUUGAAUGUUAUAGAAAAGAAAAAGAAGCCAGAAAUGAAGCUGAGCAGAUGAACGUUUCGCUUACAACUGAACUCGAGAAAGUUUCCAAUGCAAAAUUAGCUGCUGAGCAGAAGGCCAUUGCAAAUGAGGACCUGUACAAUAGAUCACAAGAGUAUAAUGUCAGUUUGCAGCAGUACAAUAGUCGCCUUCAGUCAAAUCUUGACACAGCUAAUCAACAGAAUAACCAACUGCAAACAGCGAAAUCAACUAUUGUUGAUACCCUUAGCAAUGUAAGAGUCCACAAUAAGGCAUUGCAAGAGCAGUUGGCAUCUCUUAAAGCUUCACAAGAUGAGGCUACAAAGGCGAAAGACAUGUUAGCUAUUGAACUCAAAUGCCUCCGAGAUGAGCUAAAGCAAAUUAGAGACGACCGUGAUCGCCAACUAGGACAAGUACAAUCUUUAACUGGAGAAGUAGCUAAAUAUAAAGAAUAUACUGGGAAAUCAAGUGAACAAUUGGGUACAUUGACGGCUAAAACAAGUGCUCUUGAGGAGGUAUGCACUUCACAAAGACAACAAAUAGAUAUGUUGCAGCAACAGUUGAAUGCUGAAAAGGAGAAGUUAAAGAUGGCUGAUUUAUUGCAUUCAGAAACAAGAACGGUGUUUGCAGAUCAGAAAAGAAUUAUAGAUCAAUUAAGAGAGAGACUGGAAGAAAAAGAACAACAACUAAAUGAAGGAGAGUCAUUACGGAAGAAACUGCACAACACCAUUCUAGAAUUAAAAGGAAAUAUCCGUGUAUUCGCCCGUGUCCGACCUUUGCUAUCUGAUGAUGGUCCUGCCGCAGAUAUGGUUGUUUCGUUCCCUUCAUCAACAGAAGCUCUUGGCCGGGGUGUCGAAUUAGCACAGAGUGGGCAGAAGUAUUCUUUUACAUUUGACAAAGUAUUUGACCACAAGGCUUCACAGGAGCAUGUUUUCACAGAGAUUUCUCAGCUGGUACAAAGUGCCCUUGAUGGGUACAAGGUUUGCAUUUUUGCUUAUGGACAAACAGGUUCUGGAAAAACCUAUACAAUGAUUGGCAGGCCUGGUUCACCUGAGCUGAAAGGAAUGAUCCCUCGUUCACUUGAACAGAUAUUCCUGGUUAGUCAGGCCCUGAAAGAUCAAGGGUGGAAGUACACAAUGCAGGCCUCGGUACUUGAAAUAUACAACGAGACCAUAAGGGAUCUGCUAUCACCGACAGAAAAUCCUGGAAAGAAGUACAAUAUUGUACAUGAUGCUAAUGGAAAAAACACAUAUGUUCCAGAGCUAACUAUUGUAGAUGUUUGCGGCGCAGAUGAGAUUUCCACCCUCCUACAAAAGGCUGCACAAAGCAGGUCAGUAGGCAGAACACAGAUGAAUGAACAAUCCUCGCGAAGUCACUUUGUAUUUACUCUGCGUAUAAGCGGCAUAAAUGAGAACACCGAGCAACAGGUUCAAGGUGUUCUAAACCUGAUUGAUCUUGCCGGAAGUGAAAGGCUGUCGAAAAGUGGAGCAACUGGGGACCGUCUGAAUGAAACUAAGGCAAUAAACAAAAGCUUGUCAUGUUUGAGUGAUGUGAUUUUUGCCUUGGCAAAGAAAGAGGAUCAUGUCCCCUUUAGGAAUUCAAAAUUGACGACCCUUCUCCAGCCAUGCCUUGGCGGAGACUCAAAGACUUUGAUGUUUGUAAAUAUUUCUCCCGACCCAUCUUCAUCAGGAGAGUCACUCUGCUCUCUACGCUUUGCCGCAAGAGUAAAUAGCUGCGAGAUUGGUAUUCCACGGCGCCAGACAUCUGCAAAGUUAUCUGAUUCUCGUUUGAGCUACGGCUAAGAAAAAAGGUCUGCCGGCCAGUGGCACUGCUCAGUCCAUAACUAAAAUAACCUCCAAUUUGUACCCAUUUUACAGGCAGGGAUAUAAGAAGUGUUGUUUUCUAAUCUUUGGUAAAUGUAAUUGUGUUAACCUUUAGAUAAUUGAGCUUGUAGAGAGGCUUGGCUAUAGCCUCAGUGGUGGUGAUAUUGAUUGCCUUGUAUCGUUUACCUGUGAUAUGACAAAAUUGUGUUAACAACAUGCUUUGGGUCAAUAUAGAAUGUUGUUGAUUUAAUAA